CCCAACCUCUUUUGAUGAUCAACCGAAGCGCUUCUCAUGAAUGAGAACAAAUAUAGGUUGCACACUGUAAGCAAGGCAUGGGAUGACACGUCAGAGAUAUCGACAGGCAGCUGUGCAAACCUAAACCAUGCUUUGGAUUUAACAAUAAUUUUUGGAGUAGGCUUAAAUAUACACAGAGUGACAGAUUUUAUAGUUCAUGCCUGUGGAAGCCACAUGACAAGACGCGCUCAUUCCAGAACAAGAUCAGCGUCUUUGCAGCGUUCCAUCGUCAGGACGAUAGUCGUCUCUUUAUCAAAGUUAUUUUUUUUUCUGUGCACAAUUUAAUGGCCUAUACUACGUGAGUGGCAUUUGUUAGAGACAUGCUUGAAAGAACGAGCAAGUAUUUUAAUUUAAAAAGCUUACAUCUUCAAAAAUAGAACGACAGCUUCCCAAGUCAGAGCAAAAAAAUAUGGAUACUUGCUUAAGACGUCUGAAGCAGGAGCUGGUGUCUAUGAAGGAGGCAGGAGAUGGCCUCCAUGCUCAGAUGAACUCCAUGAUGGGGGCUCUUCAGGAACUCAAGCUUCUACAGGUGCAGACAGCGCUAGAGCAGCUAGACAUCUCAGGGAGGUCUGUCCAAAGGGCGGCCCCACCACCAGCAGAGGACACAUGCCCUGGCCCUAUCCCCAGCCCCAAUGCUACCAUUGGCUUUGGCCACAAUGAGACCCUGAGGCCCCCCCUGGUCAGGACAUGCAGCCAGGAGCAGCAGCAGAGCCGGGGGGGGCACCAGAGCAGCCUGGGCACCUCGCCCUCUUCCUCCAGCCUGGAGCCAGUAGAGACUGAGAGCCAGCCUCUCCCUCUCCCCCGCAGAGUGUCUGGAUACACCGCCCCACAGGGGGAGUACUGCGGCCCACGUCUUAGCCAAGUGUUUCCAGAGCAUCAUAAGCCGGCUCACCCAGGCCAGGUAGUGGAUCUCCCCGGCAUUCUCUACAGCCUGUCCAGGGAAGGCCCCUCGCUGGACAGCGACUACUCCCAGGACAGCAUGGACGACUCCAGAGACUGGACCUCCUCGCUCAUGAGCCACAGCCGCAACCGGCAGCCGCUGGUGCUGGGGGACAACGUUUUCGCCGACCUGGUGGGCAACUGGCUGGACCUGCCUGAGCUGGAGAAGGAGGAGAUGAUUGGCUGGACCGACAGGCCCGACUCCCCGGCCCACCCUCUCCGUCUCAGCCGCUCCCAGGAGAUCUGCAGGAAGGUCUCUCUGACCACCAAUAUCUUCAAGAAGUUCCUGCGCAGUGUGAGGCCCGACAGGGACAAGCUACUUAAGGAGAGGCCAGGCUGGAUGGUCCCUGAGAACCAGAAGGCCGAGCUCUUUAAGAGGCCCAAGAAAGUGUCUAAGCAGCAGACCAAGGGGAGCUUGUACCUCCCAUUCUGGGCAGGUGUAGGGCAGCAGGGUAAGGGACGGCAAUGUCCCCAACUGGCUGAGGAGAGACAUCCCACGAGCCAGGGCCAGUUCUCUGGGCUUUACAUAAACAGGAGACAGGAGGCCAGAAUGGAGAAAAUGCUGCCCUUGUUUGACUACAACACGGCUGUGUGGGUCUAAUGCUGACGCUGCUCUAGGAUGCUGCGGUGGUGGCAGGUGUUGGGGAUUUGGCUGGGAGCUCUUGGGUGGAAACAAGGAGGUUUGUGUGUCUGUCUGUCUCCUUCUCCCAGAGAACAGGCAGACUAUGAGGGAUGAAUAUCCAGACUAUUUCCCAAUAGAGAGAUUAUCAGGGCAACUGUUUGUCUGACAAUCCUAAGACCUUUUUGUCUGUGACUGUGAGAGCAAGCAGGACUUUCUCUCAUAGAUGGGUUCACCAAAGUAAAUAAGAUUCUAAUGAGUGCAUAAGUGCCCUGGACUAUCCAAUAUACGGUACUUCAAUAUGGACAUAAUAAUGCUCUGAAUUUCUCUCCUUGUUACAGCGUCAUCAUGGUUUCAAACCUCAACCCUGUUUCAUAUGUUUGAAUUUGACUGUCUACUCAAGUGUAUCCCCACCCUCAUCUCGUACUUCUAUCAGUUGUGACACAUAUUGCAUGGGCACUACUAAAUGUUUCAUCUAUGACAUUGUGAAACAGUCACUGAGCUGCCACUAAACACAACCACAGGUGCUUCUCUGCCUCGCUGCCCAGAGUCAGACGUCUGGAUGAAUACACACAGAGUGUAAUAUUGUUCCAUUAGCCUCACUCAGGGAUCGGGAUGUGGACUGUGUGACCGACUGGGUUCAAACCUGGAUCUCCUGUACACCACAAGACUGUUAGCCCGCUUAGGUAAAGCCUAGGUAUUAGCUUGGGGAGCUAACACAGGUCUUCAGGUCUCAGGCAAGGUUACUCAUCACAUGGUUCCUCGGUUCCGAACCACCUCUGUUACAUCUUCACCAUCCACCUACACACACAGGAUAGGGUUUAAGGCCCAGUGCAGUCAAAAACUAGAUUUACCUGUGUUUUAUAUAUAUAUCCACAUUAUGAGGUUGUGAAAAUGCUUAUAAUGCCCUUUUAGUGUAAGAGCUGUUUAAAAAGACAUGCAGACAUGAUGGCACAUCGUGCCUCUUCAGCCCAUCCUCCUGGAUAGUGUAUUAUACAUAGCAGAGAGAGAGAGAGAGAGCUGUGUACCAUCUGGUUGCCUACAGUUACAUAAGGACAAGCUAGCAGCACAGACAAGAGGUGCUGUCGUUCAGCGUAGGCUGUCGAGUGUUUUGAAACGAACCCUAAGCUGUGAUGCUGAAGUUACAUGUAUAUGUCCUAUGUACGUCAUGCCAGACACGGCCUGGAGAGUUCAUGUAGAAAUCAGAGGACUGAGGAGGAGGAGAAUGUUUACAGUGAAUCAUUCCAUAUGUACAUGCAGUACUAAAUGUCAUGAUGUCAACAAAGUCGAUUAGCCGUUGUGUUCAGUUAUUUUAAAAAGGGACUUAAAAAGAUGGAGGUUGAACCCGGUAGAUAUGUGGUUAGACCAAGCACUCUUUAUGAAACUGUAUGAAGGAGGUGUUGUGAAGAGAUUUGAGAGAGCAGCGUGAACAUUAGAAUGCAUUAGCAACAUUUGCCAUAAUUUCCCAGAGCUGAGCUCCACAUAUAAUUUCCUCAGGGAAAUCAUUGUAAUUAUGAAAACUAUUUAUCUUCUUUAGAAAACACACGGUAUGCAAGUACAGUAAUAAGAGUGGCCUGAGAAGUGAAACAUCACCCCAUCCAUUAAUUCAACAGACAUGAUUAUGAAUGUUCCAAUGCAGCCAUUUUUGUCUCAAUAUCAAAUAAUUUCUGGGAAAUAAUUAAGUAACUUACUGUAAUUGUUUUCAAAUAAAAUUGUCAAAAAGAAACAAAAAUACCUUCUUAGCAUGAGCAAUUUCUCAAGCAAAAAGGUUGCUAGGACUGAGUGUGUCCCACCAAAACAGGCUGACAUCUCAGGGUUCUAUUCAAACAACUCUUACACUAAAAGGGCUUUAUCAUCAUUUUCACAAUUUCACAGCAUUAUUCCAACCUCAUAGUGUGGAAAUAUAUAUAAAACACAGGCAAAUCAUGUUUUUGACUGUACUGGGCCUUUAAAUAUCUCUUCAUAUACUGAAAACACAUGUUUUUUUUCAAUAUUCAGGUCUGAUUAUAUUCAGUAAAUCACACAGGUCUACAUAAACUGUUAUGCCAUAAGAGCCUCUCUCUGCCUGUCGUCUUAUUCAUAUUUACAGCCAGAAUUGUCAUUUUAGCACUGUUGUUAAAACUGCGGUUCUGCGAACCUCAAAGUGUUACUGAGUGUAAAUUUGCACUGUAAAACUUCCACUGGCUCUUUGUAAAUUAAACUUUUUUCUGAAGAGACUGG